AUGAAGUACUUUACGAGGGCGGGGGGCAAGGUGAUUUUAGUUCCAUAUCCAGCACAAGGCCAUGUCACUCCUAUGCUCAAGCUGGCUUGUGAACUCGUUUCCCAUGGUUUAGAGCCUGUGCUGGUUGUCCCUGAGUUUAUCCACCGCAGCAUCUCUGCUCAGAUAGAUAGUAUGGAAGGGAUUGUUUGUCAGUCCAUUCCGGCUGACGGACUAGACGAAGGAAAACCGCGUGACUUUUUCGCCAUGGAGAUGGCUAUGGAGAAGAUAAUGCCGCUGCAUCUAGAAAAGCUUGUUCGACAACUUGAUGGGGAACAAGAACAGGAUCACGAUGAAGGAAGGGUUUCAUGUAUGAUAGUUGACCUACUGGCAUCACAUGCUAUCAACGUUGCCCGUCGAUGUGGAGUUAAAGUAGCAGGUUUUUGGCCAGCCACGAUGGCUACUUACAGAUUGAUUUCUGCCAUUCCACACAUGCUACUCUCGGGCAUCAUUUCUGAAACAGGUUGUCCUUUGUUAGAAACUCCUAUAUGCGUUUCCCCGGGUCAACCUUCAAUAAGCGCAGCUGAACUGCCAUGGUUAAUUGGGACUUCAGCUGGAAGAACGUCAAGGUUCAAGUUUUGGACAAAGACCAUGGACAGAUCGAAGACACUUGAAUGGCUUCUGGUAAAUAGUUUUGCGGAGGAAUGCCGUGGAGGCCAGAUCAACGUCCAAAAUGUUAUCCCAAUUCGACCUACAAGUAAUACUAUGCAUUCAAGAACGUCGACCAAGACUGUUGCUAGCUUCUGGGAGGAAGAUUUGAGUUGCUUAGAUUGGCUAGACAAACAAGCUGUUGCUUCAGUAGUGUACAUCUCAUUUGGAAGUUGGGUGAGCCCAAUUGGAGAGGCAAAGGUGAAGAAUCUAGCCGUGGCACUGGAGACAUCCGGCAGGCAUUUCCUUUGGGUUCUAGGGCCUGCAUGGCGUGAAGGUUUGCCGAGAGGUUUCGUGGAGAGAAUGUCCAAAGAGGGCGGGCAAGGUAAAAUUGUUUCGUGGGCACCGCAAAUGGAAGUGCUGCAGCACGAGGCUGUAGGAUGCUAUCUCACACACUGCGGAUGGAACUCAACCGUGGAGGCCAUACAAUGCAAGAAACGCCUACUCUGCUAUCCGGUUGCUGGCGAUCAGUUUCUAAAUUGUGCUUAUAUUGUUAAGGCUUGGCGAAUUGGAGUAAGGCUCCGGGGGUUUGGGCAGAGAGAUUUAGCUGAAGGGCUGAAAAGGGUGAUUGAAGAUAUAGAGAUGGAUGGCAGAAUUCUGGGACUGAAUGAGAAGUUGAUGGGCAAAGAGGCUACAUCUAGAGCAGCAACUAAUUUGGCCUCCUUUGUCAACAACAUAGUCUCGAUGUAAAC